AUGGCCCCUCCAGCACCCUCUCAAGGCGAAGUGUCCCUGUGGUGCCCCGGGAAGUGCAAUGGCCAGCUGCAGUCCCAGGAGGCUAAGAGUUCUCUGUCGGUGUUGGGGGUUGGGAAUGCAGCGGCUGGCGGGGCCACACUCCAGCCCGCAGCUGCCCUGGUCCUUCGCCGAGCUGCUGCCGCCCGCGCGGUGCGCGCCGCUGGAGCUAGGGUGGACCUUGGUGCCCCGCUCCUGCGGCCGGGCACUCGGGAAAGUUGCGGGGCCGAGGAGACUGCUAGAGGCGGGGGCGUGGGCCUGGCAGCCCGCGGGGAGCACACGGAGAUGAGAAACAGAUGUCGGAGCUGGACUGAGCCUUUGCGCUCCCCCGCCCGUUCGAUCCCUUCCCCAGCAGCCUGGGUGUAACAAGGCAGCACUCAUCCUGCGGCCACGUGAACUGGCAGCUACUGGGUGCGGAUCCCGUGGGGGAAACCUACAAGAAAAACAAACAGACAAACAAACAAAAACUAAUAAAGAAGCUUGCCCUUAGUGGAAAGGCUGUGACAGGAGCUCAAGUCAUUUUAUUUUACAAAUAGUGAUUUCCCCCCUCUUCUUGUAGUGGAUUCUAUUGGAGUUAGUUUUUCUGUGGAUUUUUGCUGUUUUGUUUUUGAGACUGGGUCUCACUGUGUAGACCAGGCUGGCCUUCAACUUUUAGAGAUCCGCAUGUCUCUGUCUACCAAGUGCCACCAAGCAUGGCUGGGUUUUUCUUUAAAAACAAAACAAACAAACCGCAAACACAUUGAUUCAUAACUGCUGUCUGGGUCCCUCUGUCAUGGAGAGGUCACUUCUGGUGCAAAGAAGGAAGAGGUUUAGAGAGGUAGACCGUAACAAAGCGCGGAUGGGGGAAGGGAGGCACCUGUGCAAAGUGUUAAGAACUGCUACUAUGCCAGAUGCGCUGAAUGUGAAGCUGUUCUUUAUAACAGUGAUCCUUCCGCCUGCAAGAGCCAGGCCUCUGACUGCCUGGUCGCUGCGAAUCCAGGAGGCGCACAGACUGCAAACCAGGGGGAGAGGAUCAGCGCCUGCAGAUUGAGCUCCAUCUGAUUUGCAUGUUUAUUUCCUAGAAUUGUAAUUAAAUUUGUGUAAUAAAUGUUUUCCAUUUCAUUUGUACACUCAAA